AUGCCGCCCAGGCCCAGAACGGUUGGAGCCUACAUCGAGCACGAACAGAAAUACAGGGGCCGAUCCAAAAAUGUCGAAACAACACUACGACGAGAAUGGGCAGCCAAGACCCCUCAACAGCGAAAUGCCCUCGCCAAACGACUCACAGAAGCCUACAACGCCCGCACCAUCGUCCGAGCACAGGAACACAUAGCCCAAACCGCCCGGGACAGAUUCAACGAAGGGGAGCCCUACCAGGACUACCAAACUCUCGACUUCCGCCAGCGUCUGAGUACUGCCAUCACGGCAUACCAGACCCUGCACGCCCACCACCAAACCGAAACACAAGCCUGGCUGAACCUCGCUCUCGAGCAGGAAAAUCAGGGGCAAGCGUUGAGGUCAACCCAAUCUACGAAUAAACUCCACGACGAUGCUGUCGCCCGCGCGAGUACAUGGAAUUGCUCCACUGAGAUGUCGCGGAUGCAAGCCCGGCUCGAUCGACCACCUCUCCCGGAGUAUCCUGCUGGUCGACAAAGGAUGCCGGAGAAGUGGGUGAGUCGGGGGACGAAGAAUGCGAGGAUUAGGAGGAAGCUGCUCACGGAGUCUGCGAAUGGGAGGGUGGGGUUGAGACCGCAAAAUGCUGGGGAUGGGACGUGGUUUGCGCAGAGAUUGAUGGCGGGAUCGUUGAUACUCGCCCGCAAAGAAAACUUCUUCAACUCCGGGACCUGGUUCGACGCGCGGAAAUUCAGCGGGGACGUGCAGGACGAGAACGAAAGAGUCCCCUGGGAGAUCCUCACGCACGAGGCGGUGGCGAACGUGCGGGGGCUCGAGGGCGUUGUGCGGCUGUAUGAGCAUUCGAGGAGGAGGUGGAUUGAUAAUGAGGCGAGGAAAUAUACCAUGUUCCUCGAGUGGUUUCCCUUUGGUGAUUUGGGGGAUCUCAUUGUUGGGUAUAGGGGUAAUGAGCUGAGGAUUCCGGAGCCGUUUAUUUGGUACUGUGCGGAAAGUCUGGCCAAGUGCGUGUUGGCGAUGGAGAAGGGGCAUAUCGAUCACAACCGGAAUGGCAAGGAGAACGGCUGGAGGGGUAUCGUGCAUCGCGAUAUGAAGCCCACGAAUGUCUUCCUCUCGAAUCCGACGACGGGGUACUAUCCUCGCUAUCCACGUCCCGCUGUGGGUGACUUCGGCUUUGGAAUUCGCACACCACCAGACGACCCUCUGAAUCCUUCUUGGCUGAGAGGGAAUGGGACGGAAGGCUACAGGGCGCCGGAGAGCUAUAGCUGGGUUGAUCGUGAUUCUGGUCGAGCAGUUGAUCAGAAUGUGCAGAUUCGCUCGGCGACGGAUGUCUAUGGUAUCGGUAUGAUCCUUUAUUGUCUGGUGAAGCAAGAGCCUAGUCCAACGCAGCCGCUGUGGCUAGGGAAUGGAGAGACCGAUACGACUCUCAGCUUCGACGAUGAGGAUCGGCUGGUGUAUUCGCAUCAUUUGCUCGAGAUUGUGCAGGUUUGUCUUAGCUUUAGGCCGAACAAGCGUCCGACACCGAGUGAGUUGUUGGAUUUGGUUGAGUUUUAUACCAAGGAUUAUGAUGCGUAUACGCCGGAUGGGGAGGUCAAUCCUCAUACGCGAGGGAUGGCUGAUAUGUUCGGUGAUGUUGACGAGGAGGUGCAGGCUGUGAAUCGAUUGGAUUAUGGCCAGGAUGCGUAUCGUAUUGGCUUGGAAAGAGGGCAGCUUGCGAAUGAGCUGUAA